AUGCAAGAAACUCAGUCUACAAUUAAGAACUUAGAGACACAAGUGGGUCAGUUGAGCAGCAGGAUACCUGAGAGACCUCCCAACACUCUCCCUAGCAAUAUAGAGGUAAAUCCAAGGGAAGAGUGCAAGGUCCUCAUUGUAGACAAGGAGGCCAAAACCAAGGAGGGGCAUGCUGUUGAGGAUUUGAAGGAGAACAAGGCUCAAGAGGAGACUGGGAGUGCACUAAUACACGCCCCGGUGGUGAUGAAGGAGCCAGAAGUACAACACCCUCUAAAUAUGCAAAAGGAGUCCAAGGAUAAGCAAAUUGCUCAAUUCUUGCCAGUCUUCAAGAAGUUAUUAAUCAAUAUUCUUUUUGCCGAGGUGUUGGAAAAAAAACCUCCCUAUAUGGCGUGUUUGAAAAAUGCAGUUUCUAAGAAGAAGGCUUUGAGGGGAGAUGAAACAGUGGUGCAGACCAAGGAGUGCAAUGCAUUAGUGCAAAAGAAGCUACCUCAGAAAAUACUAGAUCCCAGAAGCUUCCCGAUUCCCUGA